CUUUUAAACAUAUUCACAAACAUCGUGUCGGUGAAUCUGGAUUUUCUUUCUAGCUAUCACCCCUCUAUAUAAAAAAAGAUAAAGGAGAAAGAAAAGGAAAAGAAAAUUUUCCAUCCAUAAGGAAUUGGUAUCGACGUGUUAGCUCACCCAAAUGACACCCCUUAUUCUCCAAGACUCAUUCUCCAAGACUCAUCACAACAUCUCCUCUCUGCUCUCUUCCCAAUCCUAAAAACUAGUUGCUUUGCUUUCUUAAUUCUUCCAUGAAAACUUGUCAAGAAUCCGAACCCUGAAUACCCUUUUGAAAGAACAAAAGGAAUACAUAUUUUAAAACAAAUAUUGGGGUGAAGGGUUUUUUGUGUGUGUGUGUGUUGAGAGAUCGAUGGAAAGCGGGGUAGACAAGGAGAUGGCGACAAGAAAGAGAGGAGGGAUGGGGAGUGAGAGGCAAUACAAGGGAAUAAGGAUGAGGAAGUGGGGAAAAUGGGUGGCUGAGAUAAGAGAGCCUAACAAAAGGUCAAGGAUUUGGCUUGGUUCGUACUCAACACCUGUAGCGGCGGCUCGCGCUUAUGACACCGCCGUUUUUUAUUUGAGAGGACCGUCGGCGAGGUUGAAUUUUCCUGAAUUUUUGGCUGGAGAGAAUUUUAGCUGCGGUGGAUCAUAUGGGGACAUGUCAGCUGCUUCUAUAAGGAAAAGAGCAACCGAGGUUGGAGCUCGUGUCGAUGCUUUUGAGACAGCGUUAAACCACCACCACCACCGCCAUCACGAUGACCGUCAAAGAAAUAGUAGUAAUAGUACCAGUAGCAAUGAUAAUAAUGAAACGGUCGUUGAUAGUAGAGAGUUAAAAUCACGGCCGGUUGACCUGAAUAAGGUGCCUGACCCAGAGGAUUCCGAUGGAGAUGAGUGGGAGAGGAGUUUAGCCACCGGUGGUAAUCCGAUGGGUUGCUAACAUGGCCAAAAGGAGGUAUGUUAUAUGGCUGAUCAAAAUCAUGAAGCCUUAUAUGUGGAUUAAUCACUUUUAAUACUAGUAUUUUACUUACUAGUCAAGUAGUUUAUGUUUUCCUCUUGUUAAUUUUUUUGCUAGUUUUUAUUUUUAGUUGAUUAAACUUUUUUCCUUAUUUGAUUAUGGUAAUUUAGCAAAUUUUGGUAAAUGUAUAUUACUUGGUUUAUGACUCAAGGAUGUUUAUAUAUAUUUUUCUGUGUUUCCUAGAAUAA